UGCUCGCCGAGGACGCCGACCCCUUCGAGCUCCUGGUCUACCCGAACCGCAGCGCCGACCGGCUCAGGGAGGCGCCGCGCAGGUGCAACCUGCCGCUCGGCUUGCGGCCCGGGUGGGAGGGGCCGCCCUCGCCGUCGCUGAAGAAGUGGCAGGCGAAGCAGCAGUCGCUCCUGGACUUCUUGUCGAAGGAGACGGGGUGGUGCGUCACCACGGCCUGGAUACCUGCUCCAGACAAGGUGCAGAGCACGGGCCACGACCUCGUGUGCAUCGCGGACAAGGAGGUGCUGAACGCCCUGGGGAAGGACCUCCAGCGGCCGGAGUCUCCCCGCAGCAUGAUGACACAGUCUACCGCGGCCACAAUUCCAGAGUCCGCGCUGGGCGCGCUGGAGGGCAGCGCCCGGAGGCUGGUGCCGCUGGCCCCCUCGCCCUUCAAGAGGGGCACGGUGGUAAUCUGCGCCGUGAACGGCGAGGCCCUCGACCUGGACGGCCCCGUGCCCAGGGGCGUCGUGCAGACGAGGGCCUGCGUCGUGAUGUGAUACUGGGGCGGCGGGCGAUGGGUUCCUCUCGUUCGUCUCUCCUCCUCCUCCUCCUCCUCCAUUUCCUCCUCCUUUUCUCCUCCUCCUCC